GUAAGCAAACCCUUCAAACUGAAAACUUGUAUAAUGCACCAAAUAAUUGAAAAAAAUAGUAGAACAUAAGAAAAAACUACAUUAGUCAGUACCCCUUAGUCAAGAUCUAGAGUAUCAUGUCCGGAAAGGAGGUAGAACGUGACAGAUUGCUAAAAAGAAUUGAUGAAAAAAAGGCAAAGCUUGAGGCCCGAACCGACCUUAACAUUAAAAUUCCUAGGUUACAGUUACCUUCCGACUAUAACUUUCGGGACAGGUCGAUUUUUUCGCUGCCUCCCGAGGUUCUUAAGCCUAUUUUAGCAUCAGCUCAUCCUAAAUAUCGCAAAAAAAUUGCUGCGGAAAAGAAAAAAGCAAAUGAAUUAAAAAACAAACUAAAAUCGUAUACCGCCUUGCGAAAGCAGCGUGAGGAGUUUCGUCUGCGGUUGGUUAAUUUAAUAACGGGUAAUCACGAGCCAAUGGAUUAUGACGAUAUUCCUUCAGCACAGGAACAGGAAAUGCUACGAUACUAUUAUUACGUAAAACAUGGGGUUGAUACUGUUCACGUCGCUCCUUUGGAUGAAAAAGUUCUUAACAGGGUUUUAUAUCUUGUUCCAAGAAGACUAAUGAUCUGGGAAGAUACCCUAUGCAAUAUCAUAAAGGAUAUCAAAGAAGAUUUCAUGAUGGCGAAUAAGAAAGCCAUUAUCGAUUUCGUAUUACAAGACCCGUCAUUUCUAACGGCAAUCAGAGAUGACGAUUCCCCAUUUAAACUGGAAAGAAAGGAAAUCGGAAACAGUUUUCGGCCCGGGUUCGACUAUGCGCAGUUAAAAAUGGAAAGGAAUUUGCAUGUAAUAAAUCCCUGCCUUGCUGUUUUAUUAGAUAUUUGGUACAGUCGAUUUAGAAAGCUACGUCUAAUCGAUACGGCUGAGCUGAGAGAACAUAAAGGCGCUUUCGACUUACAAGAUUUUAAAUAUUAUUGCAAAAAAAGCAUCGAGAAAUGCAAAAGCAUACUCAUUGACCAGUACUAUCAUGCCGUCAUAGACGUGUUUCUGCAGGGAUCUAAAAAAAAUAAACUACCAGACCCUGCGAAGCCUAAACGACUUUUGUCUUUUUUCAAUGCAGUAUCCACUAUAAUGACCAAUCAUCUACAGAUGCUUUGUCUUAAAUCUUUGUACGAUUAUAUUCAGUAUAUUACGGAUAUUAAAUAUUCUAAUAAAGGCUUCCAAAUUAAGCUGGUUCAAAGAGUGAACAUUCUAGCAUUCGAGCCGCCCUUUAAAAAUUUCAAAGAUAUUCUUAUUUACGAAAUUGAUGCUAUCGUUGAUGCUGUCAUGGACAUUCCUAGGCUAGAAACAAAGCUAUACUUAGGUUGGUCAAAUGAAGCUUACUUAAAGCCUACUAUACCAGAUGAAACCAUCGAUGAAUACAAACGUAUUAUAAAAGAACUAUUGGAAAACCAGAGAAUUGGACCGGAGCUUCGCGUUCAGGAUUUUGAUGAAUAUAUGCCGCUGAUCAACGGUGAAGCCGAAGAAUGGAUAACCAAGUUCCUUAAUGAGGAUCAUAAGCUUGAAGAAUAUCAACAGCAAAUUUUAAAGUAUAAAGCCAUUAUGGACGCGGUUCCGUUGGCUACUGAACAUGUCAUAACGAUGGAAAUGUAUGAUAUGAAUAGGGCUGAGUUAAUUAAGGCAUUGGAAAUGCAGGCGGACUCUUUUCGCGAUAGGCUGAUUCAGAAAUGUGUAAAAACGUAUCAGCAUUUGUGCAAGCAGUUAGGAGAAGAAUAUCAGGCCAUAUCAGAUAAAGCACUAAACAUCCCAUCUAACACUUCAGAACUCAUGGACUUGCUUAAAUAUGUAACGGAAGUGGAAACGGUCACUUUGUACCAAAUGGAAGAUAGAUUGAGGGAAGUAAUGGACUACAUGCUGUUUUUAGCAGAUCAUUGCAUAUUUACUCCAGUUGAAAUGAAGCAAAACAAUAUUACUUUCCAAUGGUAUUUGCAUAUGCCCAAAGUGAUCGAAGAACAUCGUCAAAUGGUCGAUUCAAAAAUGGAAGAGUUUCAGGCUCAGCUCACACAAAAGAUUGAGAAGUUUAAGGAAGAUCUGGAAAUAUAUGCCAAAAUGGUGGAUGAACUACAGUACAACGGUAACCUCGAGGAUUUGCCGCGGUAUCAUAAAAAAGCAACGAAAUUGGACGAGAGAUUAGUCAAAGCAAUGGAAAGGAUAGACCAAUUUAACGAAGAAGAAGCUGCAUUCGGUUUCGAACUAUCACAAUAUCCGUUGAGAAAACAGAUCCAUGAUAAAUUAGGGCCUUACAAAAAACUAUACGAUAACUCUACAGAUUUUAUAAAUAAACACGAACUUUGGAUGAAAUCCAGGGUUGGUUCAUAUGAUCCUGAAGAAAUUGAAACUGACGUGGGAACCUAUUACAGGAACGUUUAUAAGCUGGAGAAAAUCUUUACUGACAGGCCCGCCACUCUUAAUUUAGCUACUACCGUGAGAACGAAAAUUGAGGAAUUUAAAGAAAAUAUGCCGAUUAUCCAAACGUUAGGUAAUCCUGGAAUGAAAGAGCGCCAUUGGGAAAAAGUGUCAGAAAUUGUUGGGUUCCCUAUAAAAGUUGACGAUGAACUUACGCUGGAAAAGAUUAUCGAUUACGGAUUAAACGAUUAUAUCGAAAAAUUCGAAGCUAUUUCCGAAGCUGCUACCAAAGAAAACAAUCUGGAGAAGAGUUUAAACAAGAUGAUAGGCGAAUGGACGGAUAUGGAGUUUGUCGUUCUUGUUUACAGAGAUACUGGCACAUAUAUUUUAUCUGCCGUGGAUGACAUCCAGGUGCAACUGGACGAUCAUAUUGUUAAAACUCAAACCAUGAAAAAUUCACCAUACAUCAAGCCCUUCCAGAAUGAAAUAUUGCAGUGGGAAAGCAAACUUCAACUACUGCAAGAAAUUCUAGAUGAAUGGCUAAAGGUACAAUCGACGUGGAUGUACCUGGAACCAAUCUUCUCUUCACCAGAUAUUCAGCAACAAAUGCCCGAGGAAGGCAGGAGAUUCAGUGCUGUUGAUAAAAUCUGGAGAGAUUUAAUGAAGACGGUAUUUAGCGAUCCAAAAGUAUUAACAGUAGUGGAAAUAGACAAGAUGGCUGAACGACUAAAGAAAUGUAACAAUUUAUUGGAACUAAUUCAACGAGGUCUCAAUGAUUACUUGGAAAAGAAACGCUUGUACUUCCCAAGAUUCUUUUUCCUAUCUAACGACGAAUUGUUGGAAAUUUUGUCCGAAACCAAAGAUCCUACAAGAGUACAGCCGCAUCUCAAAAAAUGUUUCGAGGGUAUUGCCAAGUUGACAUUCACAGAAGACCUGGAGGUAACUGAAAUGAAGUCUAGCGAAGGCGAAAUCGUGCCCUUGCCUGAUAUUAUACAAACCGCUCUGGCAAGAGGUCAGGUGGAGAAAUGGCUUGUGGAACUAGAGACGGACAUGAAAAAAGCGGUUCAUUUGAUGGUACAUAGGUCUAUUGAGGAUUAUCCAAAGAGAUCUAGAGAAAAUUGGGUACUAAAAUGGCCAGGACAAUGUAUCCAGUCUGUGGGCUCUACUUUCUGGACUACAGAAGUCACUCAAGCAAUCUGUGCUGGCGGCGGUGCACUGAAAACUUACCUGACCAAAUGUAAUGCGCAGAUUAUGAAAAUUGUUGAUUUGGUCAGGGGUAAACUAAACACUCAGAACAGAAUAACCUUAGGAGCACUAGUGGUACUGGACGUCCACCAACGAGACGUACUCUCUGGAAUUAUUGAGAUGAACGUUAAAAGCGUACAUGACUUUAAUUGGUUAUGUCAACUUCGGUAUUAUUGGGAGUCUAAUCAAAUGAUUACAGCCAUGAUCAAUUCCACAUUAAAAUAUGGUUACGAGUAUCUUGGAAAUACUGCUAGACUAGUUGUAACUCCUCUAACCGACAGAUGUUACAGGACAUUGUUUGGAGCAUUACACUUACACUUAGGGGGAGCACCAGAAGGUCCUGCAGGUACCGGAAAAACUGAAACCACCAAAGACUUGGCCAAAGCUGUCGCUAAGCAAUGCGUGGUGUUCAAUUGUUCUGAUGGCUUGGACUAUAUUGCUUUGGGUAAAUUUUUCAAGGGCUUGGCUUCCUGUGGUGCUUGGUCAUGCUUUGACGAGUUUAACAGGAUUGAUUUGGAAGUAUUAUCGGUGGUAGCUCAACAAAUCUUAACUAUUCAGCGUGGUAUAAAUGCUGGACAAGAAAAACUGUUCUUUGAGGGUACUGAGUUAAAAUUGGAUCCCACUUGUGCUGUAUUUAUUACAAUGAAUCCAGGUUAUGCUGGUCGUUCUGAACUACCAGACAACCUCAAAGCCUUAUUUAGAUCAGUGGCGAUGAUGGUUCCAGACUACGCAUUAAUAUCAGAGAUAGAGCUCUAUGCUUCGGGUUUCUUAAUUGCUAAGCCUUUGGCUGUGAAAAUUGUUGCUACAUAUCGACUAUGCUCUGAACAGUUGUCGUCUCAAUGUCAUUACGAUUAUGGUAUGAGAGCUGUUAAGUCAGUACUGCGUGCAGCAGGAGCCCUAAAAUUGCGCUAUCCAGAUGAAAAAGAAGAUAUUUUGGUCCUAAGAUCUAUUAAGGAUAUCAACUUGGCAAAGUUCUUACAUCAAGAUGUACCACUGUUCCAAGGCAUUACUUCUGAUUUGUUCCCCGGUAUAGUUUUGCCUGAACCAGACUAUGUGGUAUUAAACAAAGCCGUUGAAGACACUUGCGUUACAAUGAAUAUCCAAUGUACACCAAUUUUCUUGGAAAAGGUUCAGCAGCUUUACGAAAUGAUUGUCGUACGGCAUGGACUAAUGAUAGUUGGCAUGCCUUUUGCUGGAAAAACCACUUGUUAUAGAGUGUUGGCUGACGCUCUGGGACUAGUGGAAGAAAGGGGCGGUAUGGAUGAACACAGAGCAGUAUAUACAAUAAUGAAUCCAAAGUCAAUUACUAUGGGCCAGCUGUAUGGUCAAUUCGAUGCAGUUUCACAUGAAUGGUCAGAUGGAGUGUUGGCUGUAAGUUUUAGACAAUUUGCCAUGUCAACUAGCGAAGACAGAAAAUGGCUCAUUUUUGACGGUCCUGUAGACGCAGUUUGGAUCGAAAAUAUGAACACCGUACUAGAUGACAAUAAAAAGCUUUGCUUAAUGUCCGGUGAAAUAAUUCAGCUUUCGAAUUCGACCAAUUUGAUUUUUGAGCCUAUGGAUUUGGAUGUUGCCUCACCUGCUACAGUGUCCAGGUGUGGUAUGAUUUAUAUGGAACCGAAAUCGUUAGGGUGGAAGCCUCUGUUAUCCUCUUGGCUUAACACUCUUCCAGCUUUUAUUAACAAUGAUUUUUAUAAAUCGAUGAUUUUUAAUUUGUUUGUUCGGUUCUGUAAGCCCCUUAUUUGGCUUCUUCGUAAGGGAGGAGUAAAAGAAAUUGCCAUAACAUCUGAUCAUAACCUAGUCAAAGCCACAAUGAACCUCUUUGACUGUUUUAUGGAUGACUUCCUAGACGAGAAGUAUCGUGAACAAGUAUCCGAUUUGGAUGUGAGAGCCCAAAUUGAAGGAUCAUUUUUCUUCGCUUGUAUAUGGUCAAUGGGUGGUACUUUAGAUAAUGACAGCAGAAAUAAGUUUAACGUUCUGUUUAGAGCACUUCUGGAACGAGAAUUUCCUCAAAAGGUCAUAACCGAUUUCGGAAUACCCUUUGAGAUUAACAAGCCUGAAAAGCCUUAUAUAUUUACUUUACCUGUUGCAGAAACCGUUUUCGAUUACAGGUUUAUUAAAGAGGGUAAAGGAAAAUGGAAAUUGUGGUCCGAUGAAUUAAUGAAUGCGCCUCCGAUCCCGAGGGACAUACCAGUGAAUCAGAUUAUUGUAACAACAGUAGAAACGAUAAGAGGAAUUGCUGUUAUGCAACUGUUGGUACAACAUAAAAAAUCCAUGAUGAUUAUUGGACCUACUGGUACAGGAAAAUCCGUAUAUGUGACAGAUUUCCUGUUAAAGAAAAACGACACAAAAACAUACAUUCCUUUGUUCAUAAACUUCUCGGCUCAAACAACUGCUAACCAGACACAAAAUAUAAUAAUGGCCAAACUGGAUAAACGAAGAAAAGGUGUAUUUGGACCACCAGUAACUAAACGUUGCGUCAUAUUCGUGGAUGACGUUAACAUGCCUACUAAAGAAAUUUAUGGGGCUCAGCCCCCCAUUGAACUUCUAAGGCAGUGGUUCGAUCAUGAAAUGUGGUAUGAUCUAAAAGAUGUUAUUCCUAUGAAGCUCAUUGAUAUACAGUUUAUGUGUGCUAUGUGUCCACCGACCGGUGGUGGAAACACCAUAACUCCAAGAUUCAGUAGACAUUUUAAUCAUUUAUGCAUAGACGAAUUCCAAGAGGGCACGUUAAUAAAUAUCUUUAGCAGAAUUAUGUUAUGGCAUUUGGACACAAGAGGAUUUUCCAAAGAUUUUGAUCCAUGUAUAGAAGAAAUUGUUUUAGCAACUUUGGAUAUUUAUAAGCUAGCUCGCGCCAAUUUACUCCCUACGCCCGCCAAAUCUCAUUAUCUCUUUAAUUUAAGAGACUUUUCCAGAGUUAUACAGGGAGUUCUUCUAUCAGUACCAGAAGCAAUGGAGGAUUUAUUAGCGAUGAAAAGACUAUGGGUCCAUGAAGUAUUAAGAGUUUACUAUGAUAGACUGGUGGAUGAUGCUGACAGAACCUGGAUAAUUGAGGCAUUAAGAGAAGUUUGUAAGGAUAAAUUGGAAGAAGAUUUGAAUUCCAUGUUUUCUAGAUUAGCCACGCCGGGAAGUGUAGUUAUUGGUGAGUCGGAACUAAGAAAACUAAUUUAUUGUGAUUUUGCUAAUCCGAAAGCCGAUCAAAGGCACUAUAUUGAAGUACAAGAUAUAGAAAUGCUGAAGACAAUCACCGAGGGUUAUUUAAAUGAAUUUAAUAAUAUGUCCAAAAAGCCUAUGAAUUUAGUUCUGUUUAGGUUUGCUAUAGAGCACCUCUCAAAACUAUGCAGGAUUCUCAAACAGCCAAGAUCUCACGGUCUUUGCGUUGGGGUUGGCGGCUCUGGACGUCAAUCCCUAACCCGUUUAGCCGCUCAUAUUUCGGAAUAUGAACUUUUCCAAGUAGAAAUUACGAGAUUAUAUGGCGUAAAUGAAUGGAGGGAAGAUGUUAAGGUCAUCUUAAGAAAGGCCAGUGCUUCCGAUCAGCAUGGGGUGUUUUUAUUUACCGACACCCAGAUUAAGGAAGAGGCCUUUUUGGAGGACGUCAGUAAUUUGAUGAAUUCAGGAGAGGUCCCAAACCUUUUCACCACAGAAGAAAAAAUGGAAAUCUGUGAAAAGAUGCGACAACUCGACCGACAAAGGGAUAAAUCCAUGCAAACCGACGGCAGUCCGGCCGCUUUGUUCAAUUUCUUUGUGCAAAUCGUGAGGGAACAGCUUCACGUCGUGCUCGCAAUGAGCCCCAUAGGCGAGAGCUUUAGGAACAGAGUUCGAAAGUUUCCAGCGUUAGUUAACUGCUGCACUAUUGACUGGUUCCAGAGCUGGCCAGAAGAUGCUCUAAUAGCCGUUGCAAAGAAAUUCUUGGGAGAAAUCGAGCUAACAGACCACGAACGUGAAGUUUGCAUAGAUAUGUGUCAAACUUUCCACGUUUCCACACAACAGCUAUCCGAUGAAUAUUUUCUCAGAUUAAAGAGGUACAACUACGUCACUCCGACCUCUUACUUGGAGAUGAUUAACACUUUUAAGACGUUCCUGGGAAAUAAACGAAAGCAGCUGCUCUUAGGUCAAAAGAGAUACGAGAUCGGUUUGGAAAAGCUUGCGUCUGCGGGUGCAGAGGUAGCGGUAAUGCAGGCGGCCUUAGAAGCUUUGCAACCCCAACUGGUAGUUGCUCAAGCUAAAGUGGAAGAAACUAUGAAAAUCGUUGAAGCUGAGUCUGCCGACGCCGCUGAGGUGGAGAAGAUCGUGAUGGUUGAUGAAGAGGCCGCAAACGAACAAGCAAAAGCAGCCCAAGUAAUAAAAGACGAAUGCGAGGCCGAUAUGGCAGAGGCGAUGCCUAUUUUGAAUUCCGCACUGGCUGCUUUGAAUACCCUUACACCGGCCGAUAUUACCAUAGUAAAAACAAUGAAAAAUCCACCGAAAGGCGUUAAAUUGGUCAUGGAAGCCGUUUGUAUUCUAAAGGAUCUAAAACCGGAUAAGUUGCCUGCCCCAAGUGGCAUAGGCACGAUAGACGACUACUGGGGGCCUUCAAAAAAAGUUUUAGGAGAUAUGAAAUUUUUGGAGGGUCUCAUUAACUUUGAUAAAGACAAUAUUCCACCGAGGGUCAUGGCUAAGUUGAAAGAGCAGAUUUUAAACGACGAAAGUUUUGAUCCGGAGAAAGUUAAAACAGCGUCAUCCGCUGCAGAAGGUAUAUGCAAGUGGGUGAUAGCGAUAUCAAAAUACGACAAAGUAGCUAAAGUAGUUGCACCAAAGAAGGCUGCGUUAGCCAUAGCUGAGGACCAAUUCAAUACAGCCAUGGCUUCUUUAGAAGUUAAGCGGCAACAGCUUCGAGAGGCUAGAGAAAGGGUAGCCAAGCUAGAGGAACGACUGGCAGAAGAAUCGAAAAAAUUCAAGAAGUUGACCGAUGAAGUUAACCUGUGUCAGUUGAAACUACAAAGAGCCGAGGAUUUGAUUGGUGGGCUAGGUGGUGAAAAAGACAGAUGGAAGGCCACAGCGAAGGCAUUGGGUGAAAGAUACAAUAUGUUAGUUGGUGAUAUUUUGGUGUCAGCCGGCGUGGUAGCUUACCUAGGAGCCUUUACAAUGCAAUUUAGACAAAAGCAAAUCGAAGAAUGGGUUACACAGCUUAUCGGCUACGGAAUAGUCACGACAAGGGAUUUUCAAUUAACUGCGAUUCUUGGCGAACCGGUCGUGAUUAGACAGUGGAACAUUUUCGGUUUACCAACGGAUAAUUUUAGCGUGGAAAACGCCAUUAUUAUUUCAAAUGCCAGAAGGUACGCCUUAAUGAUUGACCCACAAGGACAAGCAAACAAAUGGGUAAAAAAUAUGGAGAGACUAAACAAUUUGGCAAUUAUACGAUUGAACCAACCAGACUACGUGAGAAUCCUGGAAAAUGCCAUACAAUUUGGGCAACCAGUGCUUUUGGAAAACGUUGGUCAAGAAUUAGAUCCAAUUUUAGAACCGGUAUUAGCCCAACAAACUUUCAAGCAAGGUGGCGCUUUGUGCUUGAAACUAGGAGAUUCUGUUGUGGAAUACAGCCCAGAUUUCAACUUGUAUAUUACGACAAAACUUCGUAAUCCACAUUACCUACCAGAGGUUGCUGUUAAAGUAACUUUGGUUAACUUUGUAAUAACUAGUGCAGGUUUGGAAGAUCAGUUAUUAGGAAUAGUUGUGGCCAAAGAACGACCUGACCUUGAGGCGGAGAAGAAUGCACUUAUUAUCCAAGGAGCUGAGAAUAAAAAGUCUUUAAAAGAAAUCGAAGAUAAGAUCCUUGAAGUAUUGAGCACUUCUCAAGGCAACAUUUUAGAGGAUGAGACUGCUGUGACAAUAUUAAGUUCGUCGAAACAGUUGUCGAAUGAAAUUGCUGCCAAGCAAGCUGUGGCAGAAGUAACAGAAAAACAAAUUGAUAAGGCUCGGUUGGAAUAUACUCCUAUAGCGGUCCAUUCAACUAUUUUAUUCUUCACUAUUGCCGAUUUGGCUAAUAUUGAUCCCAUGUACCAAUAUUCCUUGGUGUGGUUCGUGAAUUUAUUUAAAAGUACCAUUGAUAAUACCGAUAAGGUUGAAGAUGUUGCUAUGAGACUGGAUGAUUUAAAAAAGGUUUUCACAUAUCACUUGUAUGUAAAUAUAUGUCGUAGUUUAUUCGAAAAAGACAAAUUAUUGUUCUCUCUCCUGUUGGGGGUAAAUCUAAUGAAAAGCCGGAACGAAAUAGACUUAGCGGAAUGGAUGUUCCUGCUGACAGGAGGUGUGGGCCUGGAUAAUCCAAAUGUCAACCCUUGCGAUUGGCUCGUGACCAAGUCCUGGGACGAGCUUUGUCGGUUGAACGAUUUGCCAAAUUUCAACGGAAUAUUGAAACAUUUCGUGCAUAACUUGUCUCAAUGGAAAUUAAUUUUUGACUCUGGUGAGCCUCAAGCCGUGCCGUUACCAAGUCCAUGGAAUGAUAAGCUGGACGCCUUUCAGAAGUUGUUGGUGCUGAGAUGUAUUAGAUUUGAUAAAAUUGUACCGGGAGUACAAGAUUUUGUCACAGGGAAAUUGGGUAAACAGUUCGUCGAGCCGCCCCCCUUUGAUCUGACCUCAUCGUUUGCGGACUCCCACUGCUGUAUCCCGUUAAUUUUCGUGUUGACCCCGGGUGCAGAUCCUACGGCCGUUUUAUUAAAAUUUGCUGACGACCAAGGCUUUGGAGCAGCCAGGCUCUUUGCCCUGUCGUUGGGGCAAGGUCAAGGUCCCAUCGCCGUCAAACUAAUCGACGAGGGGGUCAAAAAUGGUACUUGGGUCGUGUUGCAAAACUGUCAUUUGGCUAAGAGUUUUAUGCCGACCCUAGAAAGAAUUUGUGAAAAUCUCACACCCGAUUCGACCCACCCCGACUUUCGUCUCUGGUUAACGUCUUAUCCAGCGGACCACUUCCCUGUGCUGGUUCUACAAAACGGCGUAAAAAUGACCAACGAGCCUCCAAAAGGCCUAAGGGCCAAUAUUACACGUUCUUACAUGAGCGACCCUAUUUCUGACCUCGAAUGGUUUGAAAACUGUAAACAGCCUUUGGCGUUCAAGAAACUGUUGUACAGCUUAUGCUUUUUCCAUGCUGUAGUUCAGGAAAGACGGAAAUUCGGACCAUUGGGUUGGAAUAUACCUUACGAGUUUAAUGAGACAGACCUGAGGAUUAGCGUGAUGCAAUUACAGAUGUUUUUAAACGAAUACGAGGAUAUUCAGUUUGAUGCUUUACUGUACUUAACUGGGGAAUGUAAUUAUGGUGGAAGAGUUACAGAUGACUGGGACAGAAGAACCCUUAAUACGAUAUUAAGGAAAUUUUACUGUCCUAGCUGUGUCGAAGAGGAAAAUUAUGCUUAUGAUCUGAGCGGUGUAUUUUAUUGCCCCGAUAAAACCGAAUACGACGAGUUUAUGAACUAUACGAAAUCGCUCCCUUUGAUCACUCAUCCGGGAGUAUUCGGUAUGAACGAGAACGCCGAUAUUAUGAAAGAUCAGCAGGAAAGCAAUUUGCUCCUCAGUAGCACUUUACUUACACAGGACGCCAUGUCAGCAUCAAGUUCAUCAAAAUCACCCGACGAAAUUGUAAUGGACGUAGCAAACGCCAUCUUGGCCCAACUACCUGCUGACUUUGAUCGUGACGCUGCUAUGGAAAAAUACCCAGUUUCCUAUUCUCAAAGUAUGAACACCGUAUUAGUUCAAGAGAUGAACAGAUUCAAUGUUCUGUUGGCGAUUAUUAGAAGUAGCUUGAAAAACGUGCAAAAGGCUAUAAAAGGUCUUAUUGUGAUGUCGUUGGAUUUAGAGGAAGUUGUCACCAGCAUGUUAACGGGAAGGAUACCUGGCAUGUGGGCAAAGAAGUCUUACCCCUCAUUGAAGCCCUUGGGAAGUUACAUUAGUGAUUUUCUUCAGAGGUUGUCCUUUUUACAGCUGUGGAUGGAUGAGGGUGCACCAGCAACUUUUUGGUUAUCAGGGUUCUUUUUUACUCAAGCUUUUCUUACUGGAGCUCAGCAAAACUAUGCCAGAAAAUACACCAUCCCUAUAGACUUGUUGACAUUCGAUUAUGAAGUUCUUAAACAGUCAUCAUUUACAAAACCUCCCGAAGAUGGAGUAUAUAUUUACGGCCUCUUCUUAGAUGGAGCAAGAUGGAACAGCGACUUAAUGAUCCUUGACGAGUCUCUGCCAAAAGUUUUGUAUGAUGUGGUGCCUUAUAUUUGGUUAAAACCUUUAAAGCGGGACGAUUUGGCAGAUCGCCAAACUUACGUAUGUCCAGUUUAUAAAACAGCGGAAAGAAGGGGCGUGUUAUCGACGACUGGGCAUUCUACAAAUUUUGUCAUAGCUAUGAUGCUACCUACCGUACAGACACAAGCUCAUUGGAUAAUGAGAGGAGUAGCUAUGCUGUGUCAAUUAUCUCAGUAAUGUGUGGUGUCACUUUUUUAUAAUUUUUUACCUUAAUAUUUAGUUUUAUUAUAUAUUGAUUAAUGAAAAUAUAUUUAGAUUCAUUAUUCAA